AUGGGUUUCCCGACUUUGGCUGCAGGGGGCUUGCAGAAAUAUGCGUUCUGCGCAGUUUUACUUGGCCUCGUGGUGACUGUCUGCGCAGAAGCGGUGGUUGCCAAGGACGUGGGCUUGCUGACACCCGACGAGAUCGAGGAGAAUCUGCAGCAAUGCGCGUUCGUACAGUCUCUGAACGAGCACAAAGUCAAGAACCAGCCGAGUCAAGCCUCGUUGACGACCCAACUCUUCGCCUACCUGUUCCCCUCGUCCUCACCAGCCAUCAACGCCCUCCUGGCGACAGCAUACAUCUCGGGCCCGCCAAACUUUCUGCUGGCAUUAUGUCCGCCGAACAUCGACCCCUCGUCGCUAAGCAUCAUGGUGGCAUUCGCGGUAGGAGGCCUCCUAGGAGACACUCUUUUCCACCUCCUGCCCGAGAUCUUUCUCGGUGAAGAUGAGCACGACCGCGUCAAGUUUGUGAUUAUCGAGCCCAACAGAAACCUCCUCCUCGGAGUCGGCAUCAUCGUCGGUCUCGUGGCAUUCAUGGCCAUGGACAAAGCAUUGCGCAUCGCCACGGGGGGAGAAGGACACAGUCACUCGCACGCCCAAGAGAAAGAUCACAGUUCAAGUUCAGCGACAACCACAUCCUCGACCACGACCGCAGGAGCAGCAGCAGCGAACGGGGAUCUCAAACAGCGCAAACCACCCUCCUCUGCUCCGGGCACAUCUUCCCCCCUUGCUGCUGCUGCUCCUCCAUCCAGCACUAACCCUCAAAACCCGUCCGUCAAGCUCGCGGGCCUCCUCAACCUGAUCGCCGAUUUCACACACAACAUAACCGACGGCCUCGCCCUCUCGUCGUCCUUUUACGCCUCUCCCGCCCUCGGCGCCACGACGACCAUGGCGGUAUUCUUCCACGAAAUCCCGCACGAGGUAGGCGACUUUGCCCUGCUCAUCCAAUCCGGCUUUUCGAAGCGGAAAGCCAUGGGCGCACAAUUCGUGACAGCCGUCGGCGCCUUCUUGGGCACGGGCAUCGGCAUUUUCGUGCAGGAGUUCGGCGGCUCCUCCUCCUCCUCCUCCUCCUCCACAGCUGGAGAUGCUACGGACGGCGCGGCCAGAGGUAUUUGGGGAACCAGUCUCAGCUGGGGAGACAUGUUACUUCCCUUCACGGCAGGCACGUUCCUGUACGUCGGCACGGUGGCCGUGAUUCCGGAAUUAUUAGAGACAGGUCCUCAUAAAGGGGAAGAGUUGAAGAAGACGGCUCUCCAGUUCGGGGCCAUGUUCCUGGGUGCGGCCAUCAUGCUGGGGAUUUCAUGGUCGUGA